CUACGCAACAGGCUGCUGCUUUGAAUUUGAGCACGAAAUGUGAUUGAGAACCUCAAACUGCAAGUCGAGGCUCAAAGAAAAAAAAAAAUCAUGAUUGGCCUGAAGCGAAUAUUCAACUCCUGACAGAUUAAUUGUGCCCCACAUCGUGCGUCAACAGUCGUGUGCAGUAGUUGAACUCCUCCUGCCGGUCUGAUCAGAUCCGCCUCCUGUCAGCUCUGCUCCAUCAUCAGCUCCAGCAGCUCCGGCAGCGGCAGCAGCAGAUGCCGGCUGCUCUCUCACAGACCGCGCGCUCUCUCUGCACCCGCGUUCACUGUGACAAUGAAGAAGAUGACCUCGCGCUAUAAAGCUUGAUCACGCUGUCUGAUGACACUUUUGGAUAAACGAUUGUAAUUUUUGGAGAGAGAGAAGCAUGUCAUUUCCUUGGCAGCUGAGUUAACUGGUGACAGGCUGUGCCUGCCAGCAUACUUUCAAGAUUAUUUUGUCUCUUCGGCGCUCUGUGAGCCUCACAACAUGUGCAAGCUGUGCGUUCUCAUCCUGAUGUGCUGUGCGUCUGUUCCGUGGAGCUCUGCGGCGCCGCAGCCCCGGGGGGAAGAUCCCGGGCCACGAUUUGAGAGCGCGGCGGAACAAAGUGACGGGCUGCAGGAGGAGAUAGAUGGCCAGGAGAGCAUCCUCUCUAAGCUGCUGGGUGAUUAUGACAAAGUGAAAGCCCUCUCGGAAGGCUCUGACUGUCGGUGUAAAUGUGUUGUCAGACCCCUGAGCAGGAGCGCCUGCCGGCGGAUAGAAGAAGGGAGCGCCACAGCGCAGGACUUCUACACUGUGGAGACUAUCACAUCUGGACCCGAGUGCAAGUGCGCCUGCAUCGCUCCUCCGUCAGCGGUCAAUCCAUGCGAGGGAGAGUUCAGGCUGAAAAGACUUAGAGAAGCUGGGAAGGAGAAUGUCAAGCUGUCCACCAUCCUGGAGCUGCUGGAGGGAUCCUUCUAUGGCAUGGAUCUACUGAAGCUGCACUCCGUCACCAAUAAGCUCCUGCAUCGCAUGGAUCAUCUCGAAAAGAUGGUGUCUGUGAACGACACGGCGGAUGUGGUGAAGCCCCAGGAGAGUCCUCCGGUCGAGGCAGAUGUGACGGAAAGCCCGCCCACCCCUCCCCCACAAAAGCAUCAGGAACAGAAGAGGCUCAGUGAGAUCAGCGGGGCCGCGGCAUAUCGAGACCCAGGGGAAAAGUAUGAGGAGAAGUUUGUUGGAGAAAAUCUGUCCGUCCGACCGACAGAUGGCUCUGCUCAGAUCAUUGAGGUCAGACCUCAGGCGACUUCCAAAAAUGUGGCUAACAAGGAGGCUUCUCCGGUGUCGAAGACGGGCCCCAACGGAAUGAUCAUCAGAGGAAUGACGUUUUAUAAAUCUGAGCCCGAUCCGAUGGUGGCAGACGACGGGGAGCCUGGUGAGAACUUUUUUGAGUAUCAUGGAUUCAGUGGUGAUGGCCCAAUUAACCUCUUCAUUGAGGAGAAUCUUCUCCAACACAGAGCCCCUCGCCCCAGGACGAGGGAAGGACUGCAAUUAAGUCGACUAAAGAAAACAGAUCCCACGUAUCAUUCCAAGAAGACCAGCCAAUUGACAAAACAGAAACAAAGUGAGCCCACCUCAGAAACCCAUAGCGAGGUCAUCAGUGCCACGGGAAGCGCACCAGUGGAUGUGUCUACAGAUGCACGGGGUGACACAUCGGACCCGUUGGGACCAUCUACAAUGACACAAAAAACCAGGAGCACAGACGCUGCACCUCUGACUACUCAAAGAGCCACUGCAGCAAUCACUCAGUCACCAAUCCCUCUGAUGGCUGAACCAGCGGGCACUUCUUCAUCAACCGCAACGUCAAGAAACACAACCAAACCCUCUGAAAAUACAGUAACAAGGGAAAUCCUACGAGCGUUCACGACAAGAAAUACACCAACGACCACGAUGGAAACCUCUACCCCGCAGGUGAAACAAAACAUACCUGGCAGUACACCAGCUUAUUCAACCACACUAGUGCCAAACCCCGCCACCGAGGCCCCAACUGCCCACCCAACUUCUGCGAUGACCAUCACCACCCAGGCUGCCCGGACCCUGGCACCAACACCCCCCACGGCAGCCCCCACAACAGCUAACCCCACGCAGGCCGCCACCACAACAGCAGCAGCAGAAGAAGAAGAAACUGAAUCCACCAUCUUCUCAGGGUCGACUUUGCCUCCUACCACAGAGAGAAUCGUCACUUCCCAUCACACUUCUCCAUCUUUCACCACACCUUCAGCUACCUCUUCUUCAACCACCGCGACCACCACUACCGCUACUACAGCUACUACCACGACUACCACUACCAGGAAGGCUGCUCAAGUCAGACGGAGAUACAAAAUCAGCUGGGAGGAACAAAAGGGAGCGGAAUCAGACGAGCCAAUGCAAAGGCAGCAGGAAUCCACUUCAAGAAAAUCUGGGGAGUGUAAGGACACUUUGGCAACCAUCUCAGAGCCAGUAACUCACAACACCUAUGGCAGGAAUGAAGGCGCAUGGAUGAAGGAUCCAAAGUCUGGGAAUGACAAAAUUUAUGUCACAAACUUCUACUAUGGGAACAACCUCCUGGAGUUCCGCAACCUUGAGGUUUUCAAAGGAGGCCGUUUUACCAACUCAUACAAGCUUCCUUACAACUGGAUUGGCACGGGCCACGUGGUCUACGAUGGGUCUUUCUACUACUGCCGUGCCUUCUCUCGAGACGUCAUCAAGUAUGACCUGCGUCAGCGUUACGUGGCCGCCUGGACCAUGCUGCAUGAUGCUCUGGUCGAGGAGGCUUCAUCACCUUGGGAGUGGCGCAGUCACUCGGACGUCAACUUUGCAGUGGACGAGAGCGGCUUGUGGAUCAUCUACCCAGCGCUGGAUGACGAGGGCUUCUUACAGGAAGUGAUUGUUCUGAGCCGACUGAACCCCUCAGACCUCAGCAUGCAGAGGGAGACCACCUGGAGAACCGGGCUCAAGAGAAACCACUACGGGAACUGCUUCAUCGUGUGUGGCGUCCUGUACGCUGUUGACAGCUACAACCAAAGGGACGCCAACCUGGAAUACGCCUUCGACACGCACACGAACACUCAGAUGAUUCCCAGAAUGCCCUUCACCAACAACUACACCUACACCACGCAGAUUGACUACAAUCCCAAAGAGGGUGUUCUGUAUGCGUGGGACAAUGGACACCAAGUCACAUACAACAUUAAGUUUGCCUAUGUAGAUCCUUAGUAAGGGUUAGAGAGUAGUAGUAAGUAAUUCUAUGGUUUGAAUGGAUUGUAGAUCAGUCCACGUGGCCUUCAGUACGGAGACAACCGAAAGCCAAAUGUACAAAUGUACGUCAGUAUAUCGUGACUAAACUGUUUUGUUCAUAUUCGUAUUUUUUUUUUUUACUUUUUUAAAUUUACAAAAAUAAAUGAAACGAUGAGCCUGAUUACUUAGUCAACAGAUCAAGUUAUACUGUAUAUAUUGUAAUACUGUAAAAGAAGCCCUGUGAGCUGAAUGAAUGUAGAAAUAAGUUCACAAAAGAACCAGUUCAUCAAGUAUACUCCCAUGUUACAUUUUUCUGUUUCAUACACAUGCUUUUGUAUUACAUUUUUUUUCUUCCUCUUCAUGAUAAAACCACAGAUAUUGCUGUUGACCUUGAUCUUGUGAAAGCACUUACUCCCUGCAUAUCAGACUCUUUGGAGGCGUUUACAAUAAACUUAGGAAAUGCUGAGAGAAAAUGUCUUCUUUGUUCGGCUAAUCACAGUUUUAAGAGGCUUCAGUUACAAUUUUUGUGUGUUAAUUCGACAGGAAGACUGUUAAGACAGAGGAAAAACAUAAAUACAGACAGAGAGAAGCAGUGUUCGAGCCUGUAAUUUGCUGUUCCUGGACGUAAAUUGAGUGACUGUGCAGAAAAGUACCCAGAACAGUCGAUCUAUUAUCUGUUGAGCAAAAAACUGAAAUGAUGCAGUUGUAGGAUUUCCCCCAACAGCUUUAAGGAUGCACACAAAGGUCUACAGUUAGACAAAAUCCAGUGUUUAUUUUGGUUUCUGCACACAAUAGAAUACAAAAAAACACAAACCUUAAAAGUUAAUUGUACUCAUGCUUACCCCUCCAGGAAGAAAUGCUGGGAUGCAGUGAAUCAAAUAUUUUUGGAACCAAAAGGAUGAAAAAAA